AACGGGAAAAGAAGUGGGCCUCAAAUGGGGAGCAAGCAUAUCCCGCAUAGCAAAAAAAUAAAAAGAAAAAAAAGAAAAAAAAACUCCAAAGAAAAAUACAUAUAAAAGAGGGAGGCCGCCACAAAGCAAAUAGCGUUAGCACAAAAUGGCAACACGAUUUAAGAAGAACAGGAAAAAGAGAGGACACGUGUCCGCCGGUCAUGGUCGUAUUGGCAAGCACAGAAAGCACCCCGGUGGAAGAGGAAAGGCUGGUGGUAUGCACCACAUGAGAAUCAACUUUGACAAGUACCACCCUGGUUACUUUGGAAAGGUCGGAAUGAGACACUUCAACCUCCUGAAAAACCGCAAGUUCUGUCCCACCAUAAACGUGGACAAACUGUGGGGACUCCUACCCGAGGAAAAGAAAAAAGAAUUUUUCGAAAACAAAAAUAUUGCCCCAGUGAUAGAUGUGACCAGAAAGGGCUUCUUCAAGGUCCUCGGAAAUGGAAAGCUCAAACACAAUCAGCCCAUUGUCGUGAAGGCCAGGUACUUCUCAUCAGUGGCCGAGAAAAAAAUUAAGGCAGUUGGCGGUCAAUGCGUACUGGUGGCCUAAGCGGCACAAAAGGGAACAAGAAGAAAAAGAAGAAAAAAAAGGAAUAGAAGACAAACAUAAGAUGGAAAGAAGAUGGGAAAUAACCCAUAACACUGCUAACGCUACCGUUAUCAUCAGUGUUAAUAUUUUUCAUUUUUUACCUUUUUCAACGCAAAGUACAUAUCUGUGUGCAUGCCUUCUCCUUACGUUUCAUAUGACCUGCCCAGCGCAGGAGCAACUCCGAACAGACCAACAAAUACGUAGAAACGAAACGCUCUUAAAAAUGACAUAAAAUU